ACGGCCCAAUACAAGUAGGGGGGGGAAAAUAGGAUCGGUGUGAGUUGUGAAUUGUGACACAUCGGGACCUACGCAGGCCCACGGGCCGUCCCCAAGGCUGUGGCUCUCCUCCAGUCGUUCCAGGAACAGCAAAACCUCGGGCAUUUAUGGCCAAGAAGCCGGGUGCAAGAAAAGAAGAGUGUGCCGGCGAAGAAGAAACCCAGCUGGGAUGAGAUGUGCGAGUCAGGUCGAGGGGACCAGUGCAUGGGACAUCCAGCUGGAUGGCGGCACCCGAACUAUCCACCAAGAUGGAAGAGAGUUUGCAAUGGCAAUGGAUAUCAGGGACAGCCCAGCCUUCGGUGGGUUUUUUUGGGGACAGACCCAGCAGCGGUCAGACAGCAAGUUUGGUGAUUAGGCAGUCUCAGUCUCCAACACGGCGAUGCGCAGCUAAAAUGCCUAAAGGGCCCAUCCGUCCUUUCCCUGAGUAAUAUGGUUUCCCACCACCACUCGUUGGAUCAGUCUUCGUUCCUCCUUUCCGUAUUGAGCAGCUCUACCGGCGUUCCCCUUUCCAAUAUUCCUCGGGUAUCUGUAGAAUCUAGUUUUGUUGAACCUUUUCUUUCCCUUGUUUCUGCUGUAGGCGGUUGACUGGACGAGAUGGCUCCCUCACGCCCCUUCAUAGACGCUCGAAGAAUCCUCUCGCAAGGGGGUUCUUGAAUGGAAAAUUACUGGGAUUGUGCGAGCAUAACUUUGACCAAAUUAACGGAGGACCAUUGGUUGACUAAAGUAACGGCCGAUGCUCUGCACGAAUUCGAUGGCGGCCUGAAGCCGGAUAAUUUAUCCGUAAGAUUUGAUAGGCCACGAGGAGACACAAUAGACGGAACGAACAGAGGACCCAGGACCUUAGUCCGCUGGGUCGAUGUCUUCGUCAACAACCUGCUUCCAAAGGUUCUUAGCCACAGUGUGACCACCCACGUAUGCAAUGAGGAAACACAGACCAAGAGCGGGUUGUGCCCCGAUUACUGGUUCUGCAAAGCUUAGGUGUGGAUGCGUUCAAAGCACAGUGGGAAGGCUAAGUGCCUGGUUGCUCCCCAACUUAGUCCCUUCAUACACUGCAGGUCAGAAUCUGGGGGACUGGGGGAACCAUAGGACACCGCAACCCUAGGGGAAAAAAAGCCAGAAUGUGAGCCAGUACCAUUCACCCAGCAGCAAGGGAAGCGAU